AUGUCAUCACGCAAAGUCCGCGUCAAGAAGUUGAACGUCAAGACGACGCUUCCAGUUCUUCGCGAAGACCAGAUCGAUCCGAACGAGUAUGAAGCUUUAACGACCGACAACCAAAUCGCGACCGGUGUCGAGCAGGCCGAGGAAAAUGAAUACCAUCUUCAAACUAUUCUCAAGGAGGCAGGAACCAGCAAUGACCAAGAAAUCCCUGUUCCGCCUCCCCAGGAGAGCGACAUCAACUAUGACGAGCUCUAUCCUGUCCCUUUCCAUAAACCCUCUUCUUACAUCCGUUUUUCACAAACAGUUGAGGAGUGUAUAUCGUGUCUCUAUGACAUGACCACAGAGGACGAUGAGUUCCUCAAACAGUAUAAUAGUAAACCACCCGGUGCCGGGGCCCUCUCUGAGGAUGACUUUGAACGCAUCAUGGAGGUGUUUGAAGACACGGCAGCGGAGCAGACACCAUUUGCAGCAGUCGACAAUACCGUUGCCGCCUAUGACAUGAUGGUCCCUGCACUCCACGAACUUGGGUCGCCGGCAAUCCUCCAACACGCCAAGCCUGUGUACGAAUACUGGAAGUCAAGGCGACAGGAGGCUGGCAAUAAGCCAUUGCAUCCCACUCUCAAGUUUGAGACUCAUCAGGAGACUGAUGACACAGACCCCUUCGUUUGUUUCAGACGACGCGAGGCUCGCCAGACUCGAAAGACCAGAGCUCGUGACAACAAAAUUGCAGAAACACUCAAGAAGUUGCGACGAGAACUUGAGGAUGGCCGGCAAUUGGUACUUGUUGCAUAUGAACGUGAAAUGUUGAAGCGAGAGCUCAUGUCGAUGGACCGCGCUCUGUUUGAAGAAAGGGCAAGACUCAAGGAGACCAAACUUCGGCUGGGCAUCAAAGGCGAGGACGAGGAUCUCGUCAAUCAAAAGCCUCAGAAACGCAAGCCUGCAGAGCCCCCAGUCAUCCGACAGCCAACCGGUGCUCACUUGCGACAACCUGUACGGUCUGAUGGAAGAACACUUGAUGCUGACCUUGUCUUGUUAUCAGACAAGCUGGCAGAGAAGGAGAAUGAACUUCGACUUGACAUAGAAAUGAAGGUUCAGAACCACCGGAAGUGGAACCAUAACCAUAUUGACCUAACUGGGGAGCCGCUGUCGCCAGUCAAGGAACAGGGCACAGAAGUCAAGUUCCGACAAGCGAAGACGCAGUACUUGAUGACACCCCCUGCAUCCACAUCUUCAGAAAUGGAAGUGGACACACACAUACCUGAUGCCCCGCAAGUGGACAAACGUGAGGCACCUGUCUUCCAGUUUUCCGCUGGAUCAAACGAGCCUUCCAAGGGUAGCCAACCUUCGUUCCGUCGACGUAUUGGUCGACUGAACCGAUUGUGGAUUGAUCGAAGAGGCAUGGUGACGCCACCGCCAGAACAUGGUGAGAAGUCGGAUCGGUGGAGAUACGACUCGGAUUCAGAUGACGAUGAGCCACCCGUAUAUGAGGUUGAUCCAUUUGAUACCCGAGCAUUGAAGUUCCGGGCAACAAUUCCGUUGAACCCGUACAUGUUUCGAGGACGCCCAGCAGUACCACCAGAUGCCGUGGUAGCAGCUCAAGCACAGGCAGGUAACAGGGUACUGCCAUCGCCAGCAGCAGCACAAGCGGCGGCGCAUGCGCAUGCUCAAGCCCACGCUCAAGCAGCAGCACAAGCACAUCUGGCUAUGAAAGCGCAAGCUAAAGCGGCUGCGGUUGCACAAGCACAAGCUCAAGCAGCACAGACGGUGCAGUAA